AUGGAAGAGGAGUGGUUCGGCCUGAUUCCCCGGUGCGGCAUCUGCAGCUUGGAACUCGUCAAAGGGCGACGAGGUGUACAUCCAGACGGCCAGUCGUCGAGGAAAUACCGAUUCGACCCCGAGAAUCUCUUCUAUGGCGUGCUAACAGGGCUCACGUACUCUCCCUUCUACUGGGAAACCUGGGAUAUCCAGGACGAUGCAGUGGGGUGCCAUUUUGAAUGCAUCCGUCUCGAGCCUGGCCGCCGCAUCCCGAUCGAGAUCGCCCGGCGCGAGCGAUGGCUCCGGUCCGCGUGGGCCGCCACCCUCCACAGCAUGCUCCGGCCGUUUUCUGUGCCCAUGGAGAUCUGCGAAAUUAUUGCCGGACACUGCUCCCUCCAGCCUGCUGCCGCGGCGGCCGCCCGCACGUUUUGGGAAGAGGCUCCAAACGUGCCGGCUCACCGAUUCCACCUCUCGGGCAGGGUGUGGGCUCGCCAUGUUGAGUUUGAGGGAUUGCGGUAUAUCGCUUGCUUGACAAACGAUCCUGGCGACGGCCUUGGCACGCUGGUCUACGAGCCCGAGCCGGGCAAGAACGAGGCGGCUCAGACCCUGUAUCUAGCCGAAGACCAUCUGGGUCUUCGCGAGGUGCUCAUUUCUGGCUCGUCUCCGGCUGCGCCCGAGGUUGACUAUUGUCCGGGUCUUUGGUGGAAGACGAUCGAGAUCGGCGGCUCUUCAGAGUUUCAAGUGCUAACCGAUCAACUCAGAUGGCAUAGGAUCCAUCGUGGACUUACUUCUUUGAGGAUGACCUCAUUCGUGUGCAACGACCCAGCGACCAUUGGCUACUCGGUCUUUUGCGACGAGAACCCGUACUACAUCCGCAGUCACACCGCAGGGGAACGGGAUCUCUCGUUCUACGACAGCUGGAGCCCGAAGACACCCGAAAUGCGCAAGGCCGGAUGGCUGUACAUCCCGGUUGGCGUAGACGAGCGGGUAACGGAGGUCUGGGUGCGCAGCUACGUUUGCGGCAUGGUGACUGAAACUAUCGCUGUGAUUUUCCGGACAAACAAGGGCCGUUGCUUGGUUUUGGGCUCGCACCCGGCCUCCGGAGGCGGUAACUACCAAUAUGCACUUGUCUGCCGGCCAGCAGAACAUGGUCCUAGCCGCAUCUAUUUUGACCUCUCGUUGUACGGCAUUCACUCCCUUGCCGUGGACACACCGCUCCCGAGCGGUGCAGUCGUGCUCCCGUCACCCGCGCCGCCCGUGUCACCUUGCCCAGAGCUGGGCCCAUACGAAAUAUUCACGUACACAUCUGCUGCGCUCGAUGGCGUGGUGGAGGUGACGCCUUGUCGCAGCGACGUCGCCGAAUUCGGCCCAGCCAUCACCGGGCUUCUCCUGCGCUAUGCCGACGGCCGCCAGGCGAGUCUCGGGCAGGUCCGGUUAGAUAGGCUCGAGCAGCCCGUCAAGGUCGCCGGUGCGAGAUGCCUGUGUUUGCAUUUCAGGAUCACGGAACUGGGCUGUCCCAACGUUUACCGCAUGACAUUUGGAGGCCGUCGUGGAUCCGGCCGCUUCCGCGUGCCGUGGCGGGGCACCUUGGAGUGGUGGUUCUCCCGCUUGCAAUGUCGGGUGUGGCACGAGGGACGGUCAAGUCCGCCAACAGUGCAGGGGCAUACAAGGCUGAUGCGCGCUAUCAUGUUGUCGGCCUCAAAUAGAUGA